AUGACUGGUUUACAACCAAGAAGAGGUCCCUGGUUACCUCAAGAAGAAAAUGAUCUUAUUUCGUAUUUCAAUGACAUUGGCGCUGAUUGGUUCGAAAUUUCAUCAAGACUUAUGACUAGAAACGCUCAGCAAUGUAGAAGAAGAUAUAUUCUAGAUGUUGCCAAAAGUUUGAUUAAAGAUGCAGACCUCUCAAGAUAUAAUUAUAAAGGGACCAUGGAAUAUCUCAGAGGACAGGAUCCUUCGUCAUCUUGUAAACCAAUAUAA